AUGUUCCUCAUGAUGUCCAAGGAGAUAAAGAACGUGAAGGCCAGCACGACCGGGGAGAUGGAAGCGGACACCUUCAUGGAGCGCUUCCGCUCCGAUCCCCGCAUCACCAUGCACUUGCUGCCACUCCCGAAGGCUCUGAGCGCCUUGGCUUCCGAGGCCGUCGACAGUGCACAUGCCGGGACCCCGAGCCCUAAGAAGAAGACUAGACGAGAAAGGAAGACUACGUUGGCGGGUCCCGUCAAAGUGGAGAACAUGCCGAAGGAGCUCAAGGAGUGCAAAUUCUACACGGAUCACUCUGGGCGCCGACUUUGCUGGACUCACAACACCGGGACCUGCAAUGCUGAGACCGAUGGAGGAAAUCCACCGGCUUGCAAGCGCGGAGUGCACGCAUGCAUGGGGUGCCGUAAGCCAGGACAUGGCUGGGCCUCUUGUUGGUUCAACAAAGCCAACAAAGGGAAAGGCGGUAAAGGCAAGGGGUCUGGCAAAGCAGACUCCAGCAACAAGGUGCGUGAUACGCCGGCUUUGCAGCCUCGUGACUCUUCCGAUGGCUCGGCCAGCUCCGCCAUCAAAGAUCCUGCCAACACCAGUGACAAACAAUCUUCUUUUGAGUUUUCUUUCAAGCCACCCGAUGGGUCAUCCACGGUGGUUGACCAUCCUGCAGAACGCCUCGCAAGAACUUGUUUGCAGCAAGGUUCGGGUGAGGAAUCCAUGUGGGCGAAACUCGCGGAGCUUUUGCCCAGCGAGGAAUCGUCGCGCACAGUCGUCAAAGACUCCAAUGAGAAGUGUUUUAUCACCGGCGCCUACUCACGUGGAGGUGUCGGGCUCCGGAGCAAUUGCAAACGUUUCCCAGACAGCACCCGCCUUCUUGUAUGUUUGGCGAAAGUCGCUUUCCCUGGCUUGUGCUUCAGCUCUGUGGGCUUGUUUCAGAACAUGCGGACUGCUCCGCAUAAGGACAAUAACAAUAGGCUAUUGGCCCGGGCCCCAGCCCCGGUCCUGAACCUGGCAUGUUCCUUGAGCUCUUUGCAGGGUCAGCAGGCCCUUGACUUUACUGAUGAGUCCGAAUGUCAGGUUGUCUUGCAGAACCUGGAUCCGCCUACGACGACCAAGACGGCUCCGCCUGUUCAGGAUGCCAAUCAGCUUUACGCCUUUUGCAGUGAGGCCCCAGCAUCCUCCCUCUUUUGGCAGCUCCCGGUCGUCAAGGGUGCACUCGAUGACCUUCAGGUCGCUCAGGUGCCGGCCCAGCCCUCGCUCUUCGGCCCCGAAAGUGCAAUUGUCCGCCUUGCUUACGAUAAGCAGCCGCGUCGACACCAUGCCUUAGUUAGUGAGUUCGGUUCCUAUGCGCGCGAGUGGUCCGUCGCAAGCUUCUUAGGCAUUCCCCGUACCCCCGAGGACUUCGUGCGGCAGGCAGUUUCAGCCGGCCACCCUAGGAGGAUCCUCGAGAACAACAUGGAUGAUCGCACGAAGCUGCUCGUUGACAACUUGCUGAGUGGUCGUGUGGCCCAAGGAGACUUAGGUGCAUCCAAAGUCGCCGAGUGGACCGAACUUUCUAAGGAGCUUGAGCCUCUCGAAGAAGCCCAAGCAAAGUCCCUGGACCCCUCGGUCGGAAAAAUCCUUCAAGGAAAGAGGAACUCAGCUACUGUGGCGAGAGUGUCUUCCCAGCCCGUGGAUGCCAUAGCCGAGCAAACUUGGAAGGAGACGCUCGAGGAAGCUUCGAAGGGAUGGCUGUUCGAGGACCCCGAUCCCGACUUGUCAUCCGUGCUUGUAGCUCGCAGGUUCGGUAUCGUACAAGGUGCCAAGACUAGGGUGAUCGAUGACGGGAAGGCAGCGGGCAUCAACCAAACGGUUGGUUUGCCCGAGCGCUUCAGACUGCAUAGCAUCGAUUACAUAUCUGCCUUCCUCGUUUGGGCCAUGCUCGACCCUCGAGCCAAAGGCGUGCAGGUAUCCGGCAAGACGAUUGAUUUGAAGUACGCUUACAAACAAUAUGCCGUGUGCCCGAGUGACCGAAACAUCUUCAGAAUUGUGACGCUCGACCCAACGACGGGUCGGGCGAAGUUCUAUGGAGCAGCGGCACUCCCCUUUGGAACGACAGGGUCGGUAGCCGGGUUCCUAAGAACCUCGGCUGCCACUUGGCAUGUAGGAGCCUCGUUGCUGGGCCUGGCUUGGUGCAAUUAUUUUGAUGAUUUCCCAAUUUUCAGCUUGGAUGAUAAUUGCCAGUGUACCGAGUCUUGUGCAGAGAGCUUGCUUGACGCGUUGGGAGUCACCUUCGCGAGAGAGGGGCGCAAAGCAACAAAAUUCUCUAAGGAGUGCCGGGCACUCGGCUUGAUCAUCGACUUGAGCCAGUUUGGGGAAGGCAUAGUGCUCAUCAAACACACCCCUGAGAGAAUCCAGGAGCUGAGGCAAACCAUUUCUGUGAUCCUUGACCGAGGCACCCUUGAGUCAUCGGAGGCCGAAGCGCUCCGAGGAAGAUUGCAUUGGUUCAGCUCCUUUCUCUUUGGCCGACGCUCCAGCCAAGCUUUGGGGGUUCUAGGAGAUGUGGCCGGUGUGGGCGGCAUUCUGUACGACCCACUCGGCGAACCUCUUUCUUUCUUCUCAGGAAAGCUUUCAGCAGACACUGUGCGGAAGCUCCGUGAAGCAUCCGAGCACCCCAUCUACGAAGUAGAGCUUCUUGCGAUCUGGGCUGCCUUUCAGCUUUGGAUGCAGCGGCUUAAGGAUCGCUUCGUGGUAGUGUACUUGGACAACGAAGCGGCAAAAGGUGCAUUGGUGUCCGGAAAGUCCUCGACACUUCCCGGCAAAGCCAUUGUUUCAGCUGUCUUAGAUCUUGAGGACGAUGCUCGGUUGCGGCCUUGGUACGGCCGUGUUCCGACCAGCUCCAACCCUGCAGAUGAUCCUAGCAGAGGCGUCUUCGGUGAACUCCUGAGGGCAGGUGUGCAAAGGCUGCAAGCUCCGAAAGCUUGGCCGGUCUGA